AUGGUUCAUGGAAAAACAUUCAAAGAUCCAAUAUCAGGAAGGUUUUUAAAGCCAGAUGAAGUUGAUUUAUCAAAUCCAAGUAAGCCUAUACAAAUCUCAACGGGAAUUACUCCAGUAGUAUCAUUUGAAAAAAUGUCUAAAAGCAAGUAUAAUGGUGUAGAUCCAGAAACAACUAUAAACAAUUAUGGCGCAGAUGCGACAAGAUUGCAUAUACUUUUCAAAGCACCAGUGUCUGAAGUUCUCGAAUGGGAAGAUGCAAGCAUAGUUGGCAUGCAGAGGUGGAUUGCUCGUGUUUGGAGAUUGGUUGAAAGUGUUGUUGAAAAAGAAUCGUCAACAAAUAAUCAGAGUCUAAAUUUUAACAUGAAUUUACUAAGUAAGGAAGAUAGGGAAACGUAUAGAAUCAUAAACAUUACGAUAAAAGAGGUGACAGAGGAUUAUGAAAAUUCAACAUUUAAUACAGCAGUAUCAUCACUGAUUAAACUAACAAACCAUCUGACAAGUAUUUCCACAUAUCAAAAUGAAAAUGCAUCCAAAAAAUCUACAAUCGUUUCACCAACAUAUGAAUAUGGUAUAAAAACAUUGGUAAAAAUGAUGGCACCAAUGGCACCUAGUAUUGGAGAGGAAUUUUGGGAAAUUUUAAAUCGAGGAAAACAAAAUACAACAUCUAUAUUUGAAGAGUUAUGGCCCAAAGUUGACAAAGAAUGCUUAAACGCCAGUGAAGUUACUUGUGUUGUUCAAAUUAAUGGGAAAAUGAGAUUUUCACUUAUGAUUCCAUCAACAGUUUUACAAGAUAAUCUCAGCACCGAGAAAUUGAUUCUAGAAUCUGAGAAUGGAAAGAAAUGGUUGGGGAAAGUAAAUGCUGAUAAAAAGAUUAAAAAAAUCAUUCAUGCUAAUGAAGGAAAAAUU